UAUUCAGCGCAGCUGCGCCGUGACUGCAGUUGCUCAUAAAAGUAUGUGUUGAUGUAAUGCAUCAGUAGUGUUUCUUGAGUUAUUGAAAGUAGCACUAGAUGUGGUGUAUGCUGUCACUUAAUUUCAUAAACGUGUGUAAUUAUUGAUUUCCGUAGAAGCUGACCAAACAAUCGGUCAGUAAACUUGAAUUGUUACAAUCUCUUAUGAAAGGCGUAAUGAAAUAAUAGAGAAGAGAUCUUUGCUCCAAUCAGUCUAUCAAUGUUUUAACUUUGCGUACCGUACUCAGUCCUCAGUGUAGGCUAGUCGGUCGCCCAAGUGUUGUCGUUGAACAAUAAUCGUCACUUGUGGUUCUUGUACUAAAUGCCGGGAGCAACGGUCGUUUACUUAUGAAAAUAAUUUGCACUAUUUAUUUUGAAUCUGUGUAUAUGGAUAUCCUAAAAAACUCAUCUAAAUAUUCAACUUGUAACGACGUCAAGGCCGUCAGGUUUUAUGAACGCAAAAAGAUUGAUUUUUGGACAUAAAUAAUCUCAACUGCACGUUUAAUAGCAUAUGAAUCAUUUGUUGAUUUGUGAACAAUAUUAGAUACUUUAACCUACUCAAUAUCUAACCAGAGAAAGUGAAUCUUGCACAAAAACACUUCAGUUUCUCUGAGCGUGUAACAGCAGUCUGAAAAUUAAUAUAACAGUGUGACACAGCAGAAAUAAAGAGCGGAACAAAGUGAUUCUUCAUAUAAAGGCUUAUAUUAAUUAAUAAAAGAACAUCAAAGGGUUUGAGAGGAAAUCCCAUGACAACGACAAUGAAUGAAUGUGACGAUAAUGUUACCAGCAUGGAGUUUUUCUAUGAUAUGAUAACAAACGAAAUGUGGUCAUCGUGGGACAAUGUUGUUGAUUAUUUUGAAUACCAGCCAUGGAUAUUUUCCAUUCUAGGAAGUACUAUGGUUGGUCUUUCUGGUGUACUUCCACUAUUCGUGAUCCCUAUUGAAGAAGGGGCCAACUUGAAGCAUGGAGCUGGUGCUAAAACAUUAAAAUUGUUACUAAGCUUCGCAGUUGGUGGACUUCUGGGUGAUGUCUUUUUGCAUCUUCUCCCAGAAGCUUGGUCCAAUCGAACACUUAAUAUUACAUCAAGAAAAGGACACCCAUCAAUGCUUUGUGGUAUGUGGGUUCUUACUGGCUUCUUAGUAUUCAUUAUCGCAGAAAAAUUAUUUAUCGACAGUAAUGAAAGUGGAGAGGAUUGUAGUCAAUACGAAGGAGGUGAAAAAGUCAGCAAACAAAGAAUAGAAGCAUUUUUGAAUAAUCACGCUCACAAUGAACUUGAAAACAAUAAUUCCUUAUCGAUAGAUAAAAAGGUCAAGAAUAUUGAAAAAUUAUCUAUGAAUUUGGAGUUAAACCGUACUAAUAAGAUCAAUUACAUAAGUACUUCUAUACCUACAAGUCCAACCAAGAAUGGUUUUAUAUCUAGUGUUGAUGAAGAACUAUAUAAUGGAGGAGAAAUGGAAAAAAAUCAGUCAUUUAGUGUUAUGAGAGCGAAUGGUUCAGUUUCUCAAAAAAACAAUGUUAUAAAUUCACCUAUGAAAAAAGUAAGCAGUCUGCCGAUUUUGAUUCUAAAAGGACAAGUUGCUAGGAAACCAGCUAAUGGAAAAAUCCCAGCGAAACCAAAACAUAUCAGUGGUUAUUUAAAUCUUCUGGCCAAUUGCAUAGAUAACUUUACUCAUGGGCUAGCAGUAGGCGGAUCUUUCCUAGUAUCAUUCAGACUUGGUGCUCUUACAACAUUUGCAAUUUUGAUUCACGAAAUACCUCAUGAAGUUGGAGACUUUGCAAUUCUUUUGAAAAGUGGCUUCAAUAGGUGGGAUGCUGCUCGUGCACAACUUUUAACUGCGUCAGGUGGAAUUUUUGGAGCUCUUAUUGCUGUGUUAUGCUCAGGAAGUGGAGUUGAGUCUCGUACAAGUUGGAUUUUACCAUUUACUGCUGGAGGGUUUCUGCAUAUUGGAUUAGUAACUAUUUUACCAGAAUUGCUCAAAGAAUCUAACCCCAAAGAAUCAAUAAAACAGUUAGGCGCACUUCUCAGUGGUAUUACUGUAAUGGCCAUUUUGACGUUAAUUUGUGAUUGAAAAAAAUAUUUUAGUAUUACUCGGUGCAAAGUUUGAUAUCACUUUAAAUAAUGCAAAUAUAAUAAGAGUUAAAAAUUUGAAAAACAGUGAAUAAAAAUAUGACUGAUUAGCUACAUGUUACUUGGAAAAUAGAGUUAGGUUUAAGUCUCUUGUUUGUCUUCUUGAUUGACUUUGAACAAAGUUUUUCAUAGUUAUUUUCGUGAUAACGACAAACAGAAUUAUAAUCUUAAAAUCUAAAAUAUUUUAAUAAAAAUAUUUAUAAUUUUUGUAUUUUCUAGUUUUUUUUUUAUGAAAAACAAAACAAUUUAGUAAUUGUUUAUAUUGAACAACAAAAAUAUAGAGUAACGAUAUUUAUGUAAAAAAAAAAUCGUGAUUUAUUUUCCAAGUUAAUUUUUUUAGUCUUUGCAUCAAAUUGUUAGAUAUUUACAUAGUUUAUAUUAAGAUUGAACCAGCAAUUAUAGUGCUGAAAUGGUUAUAAACACUCUACAAGUCAUAGUCCGUUUUGAAAAAGAUAUAAAUGCUCUCUUCCUUAUAUUUUUUCUAUUCUAAGAUAAAUACUAUUUUUAUCAAUUAAUUAGGUUCAGAAGCAAGUGUUUAUUUUUCCGAUAAUUUUUUAUAGUAGCUAGUAAAGUCCAAUUUAAUAAGAUAACAGGUUUAUCGAAAGUAUUAUUGGACUGCAUUCUUGAUAAUACAUAAGGAAGAUGAUUUGUAUGAGUGUUGUAAAAUGUUUCUGUAUAUAUACAAGUAUGAAUAUUCUAAAAAAAAAGAAUAAAUUACAUUUUGUAUUAUAGUAAAAAUAAUCAACUUCAUCUUGAUAACGUACCCAAUUUAUAAAUUUCAUUUUUCACUAAAAUGUUAUUAAUUAGAAUAUAAAGUCAACAUAUAUAUCUACGGUUGUAAAACUGAUUUGUAAAUAAAAUGUAUGAUAUACUCAAUUAAGUCAAUUGACACAGGUACGAACGAAAACGUACUAAUAUAAUAAAUACUAUAUUAUUAUAA